GUCUUUCUGACAAUAUCCAGUGCGCAUGUACAGGGUAUAUUCGGUAUAUGUGAAAACACUUUUCUUCUUGUGUUAUUGUUUGUAGAUUAACACACUAAACAGUUUACGCCUCUUACCGUGGACUUCCUUGCAUAAUGUCGUGCAGGUGUGGAAUAACAUCAGCCCGGGUCCUACUGGUGCUCUUCAAUACAGUUCUAGUGCUGUGCGGCCUGGCGUUGCUCGGUAUUGGCCUGUGGGUGAAGGUCGACCCCAAGGUGGGGAAGGUUCAGGACCUGGCGGAGCUGCAGUCGGACACGCGCUACAUCUACAUCUCGUCCUACGUCCUUAUCGGCGUCGGCGGGUUCGUCGUCAUCGUCGGCGUGUUCGGCUGCUGCGGAGGUCUCACCUCCAACAGGUGUCUGCUGGGACUGUAUAUUUUCCUGCUGAUCAUCGUUUUCUUGGGACAUAUAGCAGCCGCCAUCAUGGCCAUAGUAUUUAAAGUAGAGGUGUUGGGUAAUAUUAAACGAGACUUGUUGCUCAAUCUCCGAGAAGAAUACCGCCCUGGCAGAGCGCAGUACACACGACCCUGGGACUUCGUUCAAGCCUGGUUGGAUUGCUGUGGUGUAAAUGGCUUCAAAGACUACAGAAACGUGUUUCCACUCAACAGUACAUGUCCGACCAACGUCCCCAAUAGCUGCUGUACACUGAAAAGUUCCGACCCCGAUGACAUCAUCCCAGUGGAUGAAAAAAAGUGUCAGCUGGAGGCCAAGACGGACGUCGGAGGACCUAACGUGAAGACAAAGGGCUGUAUUGACGCCAUUAUGGACAAAAUAACUCAGUACAAUGGAAUCUUAAUAGGAAUAGCUGUCGGUCUGGCUGUGAUUGAGAUUCUUGGCGUUAUACUGGCUUGCUGUCUAUGUCGGACUGUUCCAAGAAAGGGUAGAUUUACUUCGUAACGACAGCUUCAUCCUGUGAACAGUUAUUAGCAUCCUCGUAGUUCUUCUCAAGUAUCAGAUUUGCAGAACGAUAUUGCGAUGUUUCCAACGUCACUGUUCAGUGCUCAUGUUUUCUAUGUGGUCACAGACCACAUUUAUUUACGCUAUAUAUAGCAUUAGUGGCUAUAGCACUUUCUUAAUAUCAGUAGGCCCGUGCAUUUGGGGCAACAUAUCCUAAAAGGGACAACUACUGUUGUCCAGUUUUCCCGCCAGGAUAUUAGUUUAAACAAACACCACCUACUAAACCUGGCCGAAAUACAUCCAUCUUACACUAAAAGUACUACAUUUGCAUGGGCUCGAAUUACCACUAAGAAGUCUUCGGUGUUAAUAAAUUACACGUUUCGAAACUGCACGCUCUCCCCUAUCAGUUCCAGUCUAAUAAUUGCCACUUCAAAGCUGUCUGCCAUAAACUAAUCACAGUCAAACAACAGACAGGAUAUAUUUCCGGAUUCUGGUCAAAAUGGAAAGACAACUCUGGUGUGUGGCCAUUUACAAUUCAGAUUUACGAUCCACAAAACAAAAUUGAUUCUAUUCAAAAUAGGCAGUAAGCAACACAUUAAUGACUUGACAUACAUAAAACCAACAUGCAAUGCCAUUAUUAUAAUUUAUGUGCAUGUUUUGUCCUAGGGAGGAACCGGAACACAACCGGGUGUUAAUAAAUAAUAUUUACCCAUACAAUGUGGUAAUUUAUAUUUAAUAAUAAAUGUUUAUGGCUGGCCAUUCCUUCUCGCACGACUACAAACACCACUACCACCACCAGUUUCUUCAGACAACCGUCGAGUGCUUUGUUCGAGUUAGUAGAAACACAUUUACUGAUUUGUUUCAUACUAAGUACCACUAAGUUCCUUAACUGAUUAAGAAAUUCAACAAACAUUCAACUUCACACUGUUCAGAAUUUAACAUUUUAGAACGAGAAACAAAACCAUGUUUUUGUAAUUAAUGAAAACAUAUAUGACCUUAUUUGGUUUAUUCAAAUUAUGUUUGAUACUAAUAUUCAUUGUUUAAUAUGUCUGAACACACCGAAUACCAGGACGUUUAUAGGUGGAGUUCACUCUUAGCAUUGAAUAACAAGACGACCACGGUACUCAGAAGAACAAGAUGAUCAUUAGUUGAUUCAUAUUCUGGAUUGGACAAUAAAGACUUUGAUUGGUGGAUUCUGAAGUCUGAGCUAUACUGCAUUGCAUAACUGGUCGAAACAUAUCUAUUCACAUUUUGAAAAUCCAAUUCUCCGUUCAAAUAUUUACUUGUUUUCACAACUUUCGGAUAAAGAAAGAAGUGUUUUAUUUAA